AUGGCUGAACUCGAUCGUGCGCUCCGUCUUCUGCCGCCAGGAUCCGCACCGGGACCCGACAUGAUACAUGGAGAGGCACUACGGCACCUUGGGAAAUGCGCGAAACACUCUGUCCUAACGCUCUUCAACAAGAGCCUGCGCACUGGCGUCAUUCCAAAGAGCUGGAGACACGGGAUUAUAAUCCCACUCCUCAAACCCGGCAAGAAAGCGACUGAACUGGCGUCAUACAGGCCAGUCACGCUCACCAGUUGCCUCUGCAAGCUCAUGGAACGUAUUAUAGCAGCACGCAUUCGUGAGGUUAUNAACCAAUAA